AGGGUAUCCUCGGCUCGAGCGGUCUCGCCCUCGCCUGCCGGGAUCUGACAGCUUGGAGUCUGAGCUGUGGUACAAUACAGCCCUGUUCCUAUAAAGAUUCCUCCAUGCUUCCUCAGUGAACAUUCUUCUUCUCUUGGCUUUGUAUUAGUCUUAUAAUAGAAGGAUGUGUUUGUAGGAUUUGUUGCACCUCGCACUAAGACACACAGAACUUGGCAGAGGCCCAAGGGGCUCCUUCUGAUCUCUUGGAGACUUCCCAGGAGCCCAGAUGGAUGAACAAGACUCAGCUUGCCCUGAAGCAGGAAGAGGCCAUGCCCUGGAAACUGGGAGCAGUGGGGGAUUCUGUGAAAACUCCGUGCAGAAGAUUCUGGGUGAGGAGGACACCCUCUACUCAGCUGUGCAGAGCCAGCAGCUCAGGCAGUUCUGCUACCAGGAGGCCAAAGGACCCCGAGAGGUUUGCAGCCAACUCUACCACUUUGUACAUCAAUGGCUAAAGCCAGAAAGGCACACGAAAGCUGAGAUGCUGGACCUGGUGAUCUUGGAGCAGUUCCUGGCUGUCCUUCCUCCAGAGAUGGAGAACUGGGUGAGGGAAUGUGGAGUGGAGACCAGUUCCCAGGCAGUGGCCCUGGCCGAAGGAUUCCUCCUGAGUCAGGCAGAAGAGAGAAGGCAGGCAGAGCAGCAGGGGAAGGAUCUUGAUUCUUCUGAUGAAGAGAAGACUCUGUUGGACACCAGAGAGAGGCCUCUGGGUGACAGAAUGAUGCCACCAAGACCUGCUCCUUCAUCUUUUCAUGGUGGAGGGGAGGCAGAGGCUGUGGACCCAGAUCAGGGUCCAGUGUGCUUUGAAGAUGUAGCUUUGCAUUUCACUGAUGAGGAGUGGGCGUUGCUGGAUCCUGACCAGAGAGCUCUGCACCAGGAGGUCAUGGAGGAGAAUCGUGGGAUGUUGGACUCUCUCGUUUCAGGUGGUGAUGAAUUGGAAGUUAAGAACAAGGGAUACCAAAAAGAAAUCCACACAGUAGAGGAGCCAUAUCAGGACUCAGACUGUGGCGAGAGCUUCAGUCAGAGCUCCCAUUCCUCUUCCCAUCAAAGAAAUUACCUUGAGAAGAAACCCUAUCAGUGCUUGGUGUGUGGAAAGAGCUUCACUUGUAAAAAGACUUUAGCUUCCCAUCAAAGAGUUCAUACAGGGGAGAAACCCUAUCAGUGCUUGGAGUGUGGAAAGAGCUUCAGCUGGAAACAGGCUUUAGUUACCCAUCAAAGAGUUCAUACAGGGGAGAAACCCUAUCAGUGCUUGGAGUGUGGAAAGAGCUUCAGUCGAAAGGACAGUUUCACUUCCCAUCAAAUAAUUCAUACAGGGGAGAAACCCUAUCAAUGCUUGGAAUGUGGAAAGAACUUCAGAAGGAGCUCACAUCUCACUUCCCAUCAGCGAAUUCAUACAGGGGAGAAACCCUAUCAGUGCUUGGAAUGUGGAAAGAGCUUCACCUGGAAAAUGAGUUUCACUUCCCAUCAGCGAAUUCAUACAGGAGAGAAACCCUAUGAAUGCUUGGAAUGUGGAAAGAGCUUCGCCAGGAAAGAAAACCUCACUGGCCAUCAAAGAAUUCAUACGGGGGGAAACCCCUAUUACCUCUCCUUGCAGGACCCCCUAGCCUUCCUCUUUGCUCAGAGACUCAGAACCAACUCUCUCUCAAGGGACCCUGGAGCCAAACACUCCCAGAGUUUUCCUCUAGCUUCUCAAGCAAAGGUUUCAGGUGGUGAUGAAUUGGAAGUGAAGAACAAGGGAGACCAAAAUGAAAUCCACACAGUAGAGGAGCCAUAUCAGGCCUCAGACUGUGGCGAGAGCUUCAGUCAGAGCUCCGAUUCCUCUUCCUAUCAAAGAAAUUGCCUUGAGAAAAAACCCUAUCAGUGCUUGGAGUGUGGAAAGAGCUUCAGCUGGAAACAGAGUUUCACUUUGCAUCAAAGAAUUCAUACAGGGGAAAAACCCUAUCAGUGUAUGGAAUGUGGAAAGAGCUUGAGUAACAGCUCCCAUCUCACUUCCCAUCGUAGAAUUCAUACAGGGGAGAAACCGUAUCAAUGCAGGGAAUGUGGAAAGAGCUUCAGUCACAGCUCCAGUCUCACUGCUCAUCAAAGAAUUCAUACAGGGGAGAAACCCUAUCAGUGUUUGGAAUGUGGAAAGAGCUUCAGUCAGAUCUCCAUUAUCACUGCUCAUCGUAGAAUUCAUACAGGGGAGAAACCCUAUCAGUGCGUGGAAUGUGGAAAGAGCUUCAGUCAAAACGGUAGUUUCACUGCCCAUCAAAAAAUCCAUACAGGAGAGAAACCCUAUCAGUGCUUGGAAUGUGAAAAUAGCUUCAGUCGAAGGGACAAUUUCACUGCUCAUCAAAAAAUCCAUACAGGGGAGAAACCCUAUCAGUGUGUGGGAUGUGGAAAGAGCUUCAUUCGAAAGGACCAGUUCACUUCCCAUCAAAUAAUUCAUACUGGGGAGAAACCCUAUCAGUGUGUGGAAUGUGGAAAGAGCUUCAGUCGAAAGGACAGUUUCACUUCCCAUCAAAGAAUUCAUACAGGGGAGAAACCAUAUCAGUGCCAAGAGUGUGGCAAGAGCUUCAGUGGUAGGAGCAAUCUCACUUCCCAUAAAAGAACUCAUACCGGGGAGAAACCCUAUCAGUGUGUAGAAUGUGGAAAGAGCUUCAGUCAGAGCUCCUAUCUCCCUUCCCACCAAAGAAUUCAUACAGGGGAGAAACCCUAUCAGUGCGUGGAAUGUGGAAAGAGCUUCAGCAGCAAAGUUAGUUUCACUUCCCAUCAAAGAAUUCAUAAAGGGAACAAACCCUAUCAGUGUUUGAAAUGUGGAAAGAGCUUCACCAGGAAAGAAAAUCUCACUGCCCAUCAAAAAAUACAUUCAGUGGAGGAAUCAUAUCAGUGCUAGGAACGUGGAAACAGCUUCAGUCAAAAAGGAAACCUCACUUUCAUCAAAAGAAUACAUACAGGGGAGGAAUCAUAUCAGUGCCAAGUGUGUGAUUGGAGGGAUUUAUGAAAGUCUGGUCUCAUAUUUAAAGCUCUUCUAAAAACAACUGGAGCUCUUAAAAGGACUGAGAGCUGGCUGAAAAAGCUAAAAUCAGGACAGGUUUGGACAAGUUCAUUUGUCUUUGAAGGAAAAUAUUCCUUCUCCUCUGAGACACUUAAAGAGGAUUGGAUUACCAAUAAUUGACAAUUUAGAUUGUUUUAAAGAAUGGCAAAAGGCCCUAUCGAAAUUUAUAUGGCAAGGGAAAAAGCCAAGAAUUAAAUAUAAGAUAUUCACCGGUUAUAAACAAAGAGGAGGCUUUUCCCUGCCGGAUUUAAAGAUUUACUAUGAAUCAGCUGCCUUUUGCUGGAUGAAGGAUUGGUUUAUGUUGGAAAAUACAGACAUUUUGGAUUUAGAAGGUUACGAUCAUGUUUAUGGUUGGCAUGCAUAUCUAUGGUAUGAUAAAGUAAAGGCCCACAGAGGCUUUAAAACGCAUAUAAUUAGAAAAUCAUUGUAUAGUGUUUGGUCCAGGUACAAAGAUCUGUUAGAAAGAAAAACACCUAAAUGGUUAUCACCAUUGGAGGCCAAGGUUCGUAAAAGAGUAAACAUGGAAACCAGUUGGCCGAAAUAUAGAGAUUUGUUGAUUCAAGAAGGAGACCAAUUUAAGUUAAAGACUUAUGAAGAGUUGAAAUGUAAAUUAGAUGAUUGGCUCCAAUAUCAUUAGAUAAAUGAAGUUUUCAAAAUGGAUAGAUUAUUUGGUUUUCAAUCAGAGAGGUCAAAGUUGGAAACAGAAUUAUUAGAACCUAAGACGAAAAUACUUUCCAGAAUGUAUAAAUUGUUGCUUCAGUGGCAUACGAAAGAUGAACAAACAAAGAAUGCUAUGAUCUUGUGGGCAAAGGAUGUUGGUCAUAAUAUUAUGAUUGAGGAAUGGGAUAAAUUGUAGAAUGUGAAUAUUAAGUUUACUGCGUGUAGUCUAUUACAAGAAAAUUUAAUGAAGAUGAUGUACAGAUGGUAUCUUACACCGGUAAAAUUGGCAAAGAUAUAUCACAAUCAUGAUAAUAAAUGUUGGAGAUGUAAGAAAGAAGUAGGAUCCUUUUACCACAUGUGGUGGACGUGUCCACUAGUAAGUGACUUCUGGAAUAAGAUUUACAAUGAACUUAAGAAAGUGUUGAAAAACACAUUUGUGAAAAAACCAGAAGCAUUUCUAGUGGGCAUUGUAGGGAAAGAGAUUCCAAAGAAAAAUGUGUCUAUUUUUCUGUAUGCUACGACGGCAGCGAGACUUUUGAUUGCUAAGAACUGGAAAUUACAAACACUACCAACGAUCGAUGACUGGCAGAUGAAGAUGAUGGAGUUUAUGGAACUGGCUGAGAUGACCGGGAGAAUCCGCAACCGGGGAGAGGAAGCGAUGGAGGAAGACUGGAAAGACUUUAAGCAAUAUUUAACAAAACAUGCAAAAGUGAUAUAUUAAGAAUAGAAUUAGGUUGUAAAUAAACUGUGGAAAAGUUGAACAUGUUAAAUGGAGAAGUAGAAUUAGAAUAGACGAGGUGAUUAAAAUGAGUGAGAAUUUGCUAAAGUAGACAAGUGAUUAAGAACCACAGAGGAAGGGAUCCCGAGGGGGUCCAUAUUUGCAAUGUUAAUAUUUUAAGAAUUUGCUGAAUGGUUUUUCUUUUUAUUCUGUAUUUUUUCUUUUUUAUUGUUUGUCUUUUUUCUGUGAUGCUUUUUUUUUCUAUUCUGAAAACGCAAUAAAAAUAUUUUUUUAAAAAAAGGAUUCCUGCAAGACAACUAC